CGGGGGAACAUCGGCCGCCUCCAGCUCCCGGCCCGGCUCGGCCGCCUCAGGGCCCCAGCCCUGGCCAACGCAGGAGAAGCUGUGCCUUCACGCCACCGCACGCGCCCCCAUUGGCACCUCCCAUCAUCGAGGGCUCCACCCCUGUCGGGUGGCCUGUACGUGGACUGCAGCCUCUGGUGCGGGUGCCCACAAGGCUCACACUGGGCCCAAUCCAGCCCACCCAGCUGGGGGAAGGAGCCGCCUGCCUGCCUUGGCAGCCAUCUGCCUGCCUUGGCAGCCAUGAGGCCCCCAUGGUGUCCCCUGCAUACUCUCUUCCCACCGUUCCCACUUCUCCUCCUCCUCCUCUUCCUCCUGGGAGGAGGGGCAGAGGCUGAGCACCCGGAGGACCCAGAGCUGCUGGUGAUGGUGCGUGGGGGCCGGCUUCGGGGCACCCGCCUAAUGGCCCCUGGGGGCCCUGUCUCUGCUUUUCUGGGCAUCCCCUUCGCAGAGCCACCCGUGGGCCCCCGUCGCUUUCUGCCACCGGAGCCCAAGCAACCCUGGCCGGGGGUGCUAGAUGCCACAGCCUUCCGAAGUGUCUGCUACCAAUACGUGGACACCUUGUACCCUGGCUUUGUGGGCACCGAGAUGUGGAACCCAAACCGUGAGCUGAGUGAGGACUGCCUCUACCUCAACGUGUGGACACCGUACCCUCGGCCUAAGACCCCCACUCCUGUCCUCGUCUGGAUCUAUGGGGGUGGCUUCUACAGCGGGGCCUCCUCGCUGGAUGUGUAUGAUGGCCGCUUCCUGGCCCAGGCAGAGGGGACCGUGCUGGUAUCCAUGAACUACCGGGUGGGAGCCUUUGGCUUCCUGGCCCUACCGGGGAGCCGGGAGGCACCAGGCAAUGUGGGUCUUCUGGACCAGAGGCUGGCCCUGCGAUGGGUGCGGGAGAACGUGGCAGCCUUCGGGGGGGACCCGAUGUCAGUGACUCUGUUUGGGGAGAGUGCAGGUGCCGCCUCGGUGGGCAUGCACCUGCUGUCGCCUCCCAGCCGGGACCUGUUCCACAGGGCUGUGCUGCAAAGCGGCGCACCCAAUGGGCCCUGGGCCACGGUGGGCAUGGGAGAGGCCCGCCGCAGGGCCACACUACUGGCUGGACUCGUAGGCUGUCCCCCAGGUGGGGCUGGUAGCAAUGACACCGAGCUGGUCGCCUGCCUGCGGACACGGCCAGCUCAGGACCUGGUGGACCACGAGUGGCAUGUGCUGCCUCAGGAAAGUGUCUUCCGCUUCUCUUUUGUGCCUGUGGUAGAUGGAGACUUCCUCAGUGAUACCCCGGAGGCCCUCAUCAACACUGGAGAUUUCCACGGCCUGCAGGUGCUGGUGGGUGUGGUGAAGGAUGAGGGCUCCUAUUUUCUGGUUUACGGGGCCCCAGGCUUCAGCAAAGACAACGAGUCUCUCAUCAGCCGGGCCCAGUUCCUGGCCGGGGUGCGGGUCGGGGUCCCCCAGGUGAGUGACCUGGCUGCCGAGGCUGUGGUCCUGCAUUAUACAGACUGGCUGCACCCUGAGGACCCAGCACGCCUGAGGGAGGCCAUGAGUGAUGUGGUGGGUGACCACAAUGUCGUGUGCCCUGUGGUUCAACUGGCUGGGCGACUGGCCGCCCAGGGUGCUCGGGUCUAUGCCUACAUCUUUGAACAUCGCGCAUCUACGCUCUCCUGGCCCCCCUGGAUGGGGGUGCCCCACGGCUACGAGAUCGAGUUCAUCUUUGGGCUCCCUCUGGAACCCUCGCUAAACUACACCGUUGAGGAGAGAGCCUUUGCCCAGCGACUGAUGAAAUACUGGGCCAACUUCGCCCGCACAGGGGACCCCAAUGACCCCCGGGACCCUAAAGCCCCGCAGUGGCCACAGUACACGGGGGUGGCGCAGCAGUACGUGAGCCUAAACCUGCGGCCUCUGGAGGUGCGGCGGGGGCUGCGAGCCCAGGCCUGCGCCUUUUGGAAUGGCUUCCUACCCAAAUUGCUCAGCGCCACCGCCUCGGAGGCUCCCAGCACCUGCCCAGGCCCCGCCCACGGGGAGGCUGCCCCGAGGCCCAGGCCCGGCCUCCCCCUGCCCCUCCUUCUCCUCUUCCUCCUCCUCUCCCGGCUCCAGCGGCUGUGACCACGGCCUCUUCCCCCUCCGGCCUCUGGGGGCCCCUCUUCUAAUGAGUGGUCGGACUGGGGGAGGGCCCCACUCAGGGAUCUCCGACCCAGCGCCCCCUCCCCCCUCAAACCAAGAAGCUCAAACUAGACAGGGCAUGGGGAGGGUUGACUUACGAUCCGUCUCAGGGACUCAUACACCUUUGUUGUUUAAAUGGAAAUGGAAAAGUCCAUUUUCUUUUUUUAUAAAAUUAUUCCCUUGGAGCCUGUGACUGGUGUUGGGGGAGAGGGAAGACUCGGGGCUAGAUAGCAACUCCCGGUGGGGCUAUAACCGUCAACCAUUUCUGUCUCU